UCUCUCUCUCUCUCUCUAUAUAUAUAUAUAUAUAUAUUAUAUGUGUGUGUAGUGUGUACAUAUAUAAUCAGAGAGGCACACGCUGGCAUAGACUGCCCAUCCCAUUUUUCGCAUUUACAGGAAAUCCAAUUUUGGCUCUUUGGUUUCUCCUCCCUGUGAUAUGCAGAGCCAAGUCGUGUGCGGUGGGUGUAGAACUGUUCUCCUGUAUCCCAGCGGAGCAACAAAUGUUUGCUGUGCCAUAUGCAAUAUGGUGACUCCUGUCCCACCUGCAGGGAUGGAUAUGGCGCAGCUGAUCUGUGGUGGGUGCCGCACCUUGCUUAUGCAUGCUCGUGGGGCAACCAGUGUGAGAUGUUCCUGCUGUCACACCGUAAACCUUGUUCCAGCAGCACCGCCCCCAAGUAGUGUUGCCCACAUCAACUGUGGAAACUGCCAUACUAUGCUGAUGUAUCCAGCUGGAGCCCCGUCUGUGAAAUGUGCCAUCUGUCACUUCAUCACAAACGUUAAUAUGGCUGACGCAAGGGUUCCCAUUCCUGUACAUAGACCUGGAGGGAAUCCUACUUCGGCAACAUCGACAGCUUCAACAUCCACUGUACCAACCAGCUCCCAUAACCAAACAGUUGUGGUGCAGAAUCCUAUGACUGUUGAUGAAAGUGGCAAACUGGUGAGCAAUGUGGUGGUUGGUGUCACAACAUAGAAUGUUUAUAAAAAAAAAAUUGACGGUCCGACUUAUCAGUCUUGGUGGUUCAAGGCUGACUAUAGAGAGAAACCUUGUGCAUAUUGUGGCAAUGUUUAAUAUGGAAGAGCAAUAAUUUGUAAAUUACAAGAAGACAAUUGUACUACUAGUGUUGUGCAGCUUUGGGUGAAGAGAAGGAGAGGGAUUAUAAGCUCUACCUAAAGAACAGAAAUAUGUUGUGUAUGGUGAUCUGAUUGAAAAGGUAAUGGGACUACCUGCCUACUGUCUUGGUGAAUAACUCAAACUUGUGAUGCUGCAUGGCAACAAUUGUGGGUAUUUUGUGUCUUUUUUCUGUGCCUGCUUCUGUGAAAUGUGCUACCAAAUUUUACAGAUGGACAUAGAUAUGGCCUGAAUUAAUUAAUAACAAAUUAUUUGGAUCA